UUGGAUGGCUGGUGCAGCACUAAGGACAGAAAGAGAAGAGCAAAACGGAGGAGAAGAAGAAACUGAAACUGCCGCUGAGACACUGAGACGGGCGCAGCAACAGAUGAGACAACCGUGUCCACGAGGAGACGGAGCAAGAGGAAGCUUGGCCGAGUGAAAUGGAAUGGAAAAGACUGAGACACACUUGGGAUUACCAGUGACGGAUUAUCAGAGUUUGUCAAACAUGGACUAGUCAGGGAGCCUGCAUAUCCAUACCUAGACACACACACACACACACACACUCUCACACGCACACACACUCUCACACACACACAGACGGUUGGUGUCCUGCUCUGAAGGUGAAGGUGUCAGCAUGCAGGAGUCUCCGGGGGCCGUGGGUGUAGACGGCAGCUAUGCCAGCAACGUGCCGGCCUUCCUCACCAAGCUGUGGACGCUGGUGGAGGAUCCAGAUACCAACCACCUGAUCUGCUGGAGCGCUACUGGGACGAGCUUCCACGUGUUUGACCAGGGACGCUUUGCCAAGGAGGUUCUGCCCAAGUACUUCAAACACAACAACAUGGCCAGCUUCGUGCGACAGCUCAACAUGUAUGGUUUCCGUAAGGUGGUGAACAUCGAGCAGAGCGGUCUGGUGAAGCCCGAGAGAGAUGAUACAGAGUUUCAACAUCUAUACUUCCUUCAGGGACAUGAACACAUGCUGGAGCACAUCAAGAGAAAGGUGUCCAUCGUGAAGAGUGAGGAGACCAAAGUUCGCCAGGAGGACCUCAGCAAACUGCUGUACGAAGUCCAACUCCUCCGGACACAACAGGACAACAUGGAGUGUCAGAUGCAGGACAUGAAGCAGCAGAACGAGGUGCUGUGGAGAGAGGUGGUGUCGCUGAGACAGAACCACACGCAGCAACAGAAGGUCAUGAACAAGCUGAUUCAGUUUCUGUUCAGCCAGAUGCAAUCCAACGCACCCAGCACUGUGGGCCUUAAAAGAAAGCUACCGUUGAUGUUAGACGAUGGUUCUCCCAGCCCUCCUGCCUCCAAAUUCAGCCAGAGUCACCAGAUGGAGCCCAUGCAUGAGUCCUUCUACAUCCAGUCACCAUCCAGUGACACAGCUUCGUGCUCUGCGAGCGGGCUGACAGGAGGACCGAUCAUAUCAGACGUUACGGACAUGUCUCAGGCCAACAUGGCCCUUCAGAUGCAAUCUGACGAGACCCGGGAGAAGUGCAUGAUGCUCAUCAAAGAGGAGCCUGUCAGUCCAGGAGUGAGAGGGGGACGAAAAGGAGGCGGUGUUGGGGGAGGAGAGGUCCUAGGGUUGCCCUCCACCUGUGAGGUGUGCUCCUCAGAGCCCCCCGUACUCCCCGUUGCCAUGGUGCAGUCUGUUCUGGAGGGCAGGGGUUCAGCAGCCUCCAUGGUGGAGAGAAGAAGUAAAAGACCAGCCCUGGACAGGGUGGAGGUGUCCGACGCGGUGGAGAACGUGGACAUGAGCCUGGAGGAGCUGCAGCAGCUGCUGCUUCGGAGCCACCAGCAGAGCGCCGUGGAGGCCGGGAGCAGCGCUGUCGUGGAUCCCUUCAGCUUAAGCCUUCCUCUGGCUGAGUGGAAUUUCACCGAGAUGGAGUCCAACCUCAAAUCAUACAUGUUCCAGAACCAGGAAGCAGAAGCUUUUCCAGCUCCGAGUUGUGAGGAACAGUGACUGUGCUGUGGACUGUGAAAGGCCACAGAAGCUGCUGUUGCACUCGGUAUUCUAUCUGCACGAGUUUAAUUCCAACGCCCUGCCAGGCUGCUUUCCACACGUGGCUUUAUUUGAACUCAUUACAUAUCCAGUUGCCUUCAAGAAUUUAAUCAAAAGGCACCUACAGAUAAUGUGGGUUGUUUUUUUUUUGUUUUGUUUUUUUACAUUUCUUGGUUAGCUGGCUGUUAAUGGAUCCAUCAGACCUGUGGGCCCCGUAGACGCCUACAUUCUUGGUUAAUUAUCCAAAGAAGUUUGUUAUGACGUGAUUAUGACUCUGAUAUAAAGCCAGCAGGAUGCACACAACGCAUUCUUGGCUCCUGCACUUUAGUCUUUGUGUGAGAGGGAGUUCCUGCUUGGAGAGAUAACUUUUAUUUCCUAUAAGAAUCUAUGACUGAUGUAUACAUAUUAUUAUUUUGUAUUAUUCUAGCCUUAAAAAUAUUGUAUUUGUACUAAAAAGGGCUGAACUCUGGCAAAUCUCUUAUAAAAUCAAUCAAUGUAGUAUUUUUUUAUAGGUGAUUUUCUUUUCCCAGUCUGUGUAAGGGCUCCUGAAACACUUGCAUCUCAAUUUCUAGUAAUUUUUACCAUAGAAGAGAGGCUUGUCAGGCUAUGUCAUACAAGUUUUUUCUUUUUUUUUUUUUUUUUAUUAAUUCAAAAAUAUGAACCUUUCAUUUUUGAAGCAUAUCACAAUAAGAUGUAAAACCCACUCAAACACCUGUUUAAUGUGACUUUGCACAGAUCUGACAUGUAGCCAGAGACCUAUUUCUUUUCUGUCCAUGUAAAUGUCAAGAAAAUAUGACAAGUUGAACUUCUCAUUUGACAAAAGGAUGAAUACUACUGCAUUUUUGCACAAUCUCACAGUAGUUAGUAUGAAUCAUGACAACAGGUAAUCUAUUAUGUGUUUGUAGAGGGCCGACACUGUUGUGCUUAUUGCAUACUUGUCUUAAAAGGCGUUCAGCCUCAGUGGCAGGGGCGUCUAAGAACGAAGCCGCGGAAGAAAAAAUGUCACAGAACGUCACUGCAGUUCUGAAAACUGCUUUUUGACUUGAGAUGUUCACGAGUACCAACCACCACCAAAACAGAACCACUAAUAAAUCCAUCAGUUUUCCAACUUUUCAAAAGAAAAAGAACAUCUAAUUCAGGGGUGUCAAAUGUGCAGCCU